AUGCUUGUACUCUGUGGCCAGCUCGAUCCAUUGCCACGAGUCACGCCUUCGUUGCUCAGGGAGCUCUGGCCUAUGCUCAGUAUGCGCUUCAUUGCGCAACUCGGCAAGACCGUCUGCCUUCAGCACGUCCAUGCUGCAUUCUACCAGAUCGCGCGAGGUCUGUUGCUCCCCUCGACACUCUUGCUGUCAAUAUGCCUAUUGCCAGAGCAACGCUUCUCAGUCUUUUCUAUUGCUGCGGCAUGCGUCACGACAGCUGGAUUUAUGCUCGGUGUGGGUAAUGAGGCAGUCAGUCAGACCUCACCACUUGGCAUCUUCCUUGGGAUUGUUUCUUCCCUGCUAACGGCAUUCGAGACGAUUGUCAUUAAGCGUACAACGAGCAAGAGUGGGCAUUCACUGGUUCAGCUGGUGCGUGUCACGGCCAUAGCUGCACUGCCAGUUUUAUUGGUCCUUCUACUCUUUAACAAGGAGAUCUAUGUGAUGAAGCAGCUUGAGCAUAGGGCAGCAAUGCGACUGGCAUGUCUGAUCCUCUUGGGAAGCACGGCAUCGUGUGUACUGAGCUUGGCAACACUCUUACAAAUCAAAGUCACCAGUCCCACGACACAUAUGAUUUCAUCGAGUGCGCGGGGUGUGUUGCAGUCUGCACUGGCUGUGCUGCUGUUGAAGCAGGAGCGGAUGUCGCCGUCACGGGUAGCGAGUCUUGCGGUGAUUCUGCUGGGGAGUGUGGGUUAUACACUUGCGCGGGAGAUGGAGCAGCGGAGAGAGGUUGCUGCUGCUGCUAUGACUGAUGGUAGUACUGGUAUGACUGAUGCUGCUAUGACUGGUAGUAUUGGUAUGACUGAUGGUAGUGGUGGUUGUGCUGCUGCUCUGUCUGCCUGA